AUGCCCUCGCAAACCGUCAUCAACAUUCUGGGCAUCAUCGGCGGCGUGGUGCUGGCCAUCUGCCAAGCCCCGCAGCUGAUCAAGCUGUGGCGCACCAAGUCGGCGGCCGACCUGAGCUACGCCUACCUCAUCCUCUACACCAUCGGCCUGCUGUUCAUCACGGUGUACCUCUACCUGGAGAAGGCCACGGUCGGCUGGAUCUGUGAAUCUAUAGAGACGGCCUGCGGGUUCGCGCUGAUACUGUUCAAAUUCUAUUACGACACUUACGGCCCGCUGGGCAGCCGCACGAAGCGGCGAGCAGAAGCUGCCGUCGCCGCAGCCAGCGCCAGCCAGAAGAGCCUGCUGGCUGCGGAGCUGAGCGGCCACAAGCCGCCGCCAGGCAGCCAUGCCGGGAGCGAGAAAGGCAGCGACGGGAGUGAGCCCGCAGCAGGGCACGUCGGCAACGGCAGCGGCGCCGCUGCGCCGGGCAGCACCCAUGCAGCCGCCCUGCCUGCCGCAGCGGGGCACCAGCUGCGGGAACGGCGGCGCAGCCAUGAAUCCCUGGCAGUGUCGGUUUGA